UGCCGCCGGGGGAAGAAGGGGAGGAAGGUUAGGGACGCAGAGAGGGAGAGCGAUUGCAGGAGAGAGACGCCAGGCCAGGGCUCUAGCAAAGGCUGCGGCCGUGGCUGGAGGAGGAAGGUGGAUGAGUGCUUUCCAAGAGGUAGAGCGCAAAACCUAGGAGAAGGUCGCGUCCAGUGGGCGCUACCCGCAGCUCAGAUAGAACCCGGGACGUCCGGAGCGCAGGGAGUAGUCCCUGCUCCAGCCAGGAGCGAUUCAUUCUUAUGGGUAGCCUAAGACUUAGACACCGCCAUCCGUGAAAAAGCAGCUCUUUGGAGAGCAGGUAUCCUAGACCUGUAAGAAACCAGCCGUCCAAGAAGCCGUGGAUCUCAGGCGUCCCGGAUCGUUAAGACUGCACAGGAGGGUAACAGAAAACCACGGGUUCUCAACAGUCUGGAGCUGCCCCUGGCCCACCCCACUGGGAGACCUCUGCUUUGACCCACGGUUUGGGGAACGGCACCGUUGCGGCGGGCGCCCACAGGGGCCGGGGAGCCGGGCGCGACCGUCGGGGGGAUACAGACCCAGGCCCGAGCCGGGCCACAGCCUCCUGGGCCCGCGGCGAGCCCCGGGCCUCUGCCGCCAUUGCGCCCAAAAGUGAGGAGGAUUUGCUGGCCCUGGCCGCGUCGCGGCUGAGCCGCCGCAAGCGGGUGGCAGGCGCGGCCGUCGGGGUGGCCAUGGUGCUACUGCUACUGGUGGCCAUCCCGCUGCUGGUGCACAGCUCCCGCGGGCCGGCGCACUAUGAGAUGCUGGGUCGCUGCCGCAUGGUGUGUGACCCGCAUGGGUCCCGAGGACAGGGAUCCGACAGCACUUCUGCUUCUGUGCCACCCUUUCCCCCAGGUGCCAAGGGGGAGGUGGGCCGGCGCGGGAAGGCAGGCUUGCGGGGGCCCCCGGGACCCCCAGGUCCCAGAGGGCCCCCAGGAGAGCCCGGCAGGCCAGGUCCCCCUGGCCCUCCCGGCCCAGGCCCUGGCGGGGCAGUGUCCCCAGCGGGUUACGUGCCUCGAAUUGCCUUCUACGCGGGCCUUCGGCGGCCUCAUGAGGGUUAUGAGGUACUGCGUUUUGACGACGUGGUGACCAACGUGGGCAACGCUUAUGAGGCAGCCAGCGGCAAGUUCACCUGUCCCAUGCCUGGCGUCUACUUUUUUGCUUACCACGUGCUCAUGCGCGGCGGCGACGGCACUAGCAUGUGGGCGGAUUUGAUGAAGAAUGGACAGGUCCGGGCCAGCGCCAUUGCUCAGGAUGCAGACCAGAACUACGACUAUGCCAGCAACAGCGUCAUUCUGCACCUGGAUGUGGGCGACGAGGUCUUCAUCAAACUGGACGGCGGGAAGGUGCAUGGCGGCAACACCAACAAAUACAGCACCUUCUCAGGCUUCAUCAUCUACCCGGACUGAGCCGGGCACCAUUCCCCCCCCCCCCCCCCCGCGCCCCCUUGCUCGCUUACCCUUUCGCUCCAGCCCUAACCCACUUCCUGGGGUCCUACCCAAGGCAACACCCUAUCAUUUGAGAACCUGGCCAUGGCGGGGUGGAACCUCCUGCUCCUGGGACUUGAGGGUAUAAGUGGCUAGGGAGGGGAAGGAAGAGGCCUAAAUAGGCUGACUCUUGGGACUUGAGGGUACAAGUGGCUAGGGAGGGGAAGAGGCCGGGCCAGAGGAGGAGCAAAGCGGCUUAGGGAGGGACUACCCCAUGCACAGGUGGCCAGUGAAAGCUGAGAGGUGUUGGCCCUCCCCUCUUUGCCAGUAGCUGGGAGGCAGCCUCACUAGCAAAGCUCAGAAGCUCUGUCAACUUGUUAGGGAAAGACAGAAACAGGAACCCCUCUAGUGAACAGGGUAGAGGCUGGUCCUCAAUAAUGACAGUUUUCUCUUGCCACGCCAUCUCCUCCUCUCUCAUCUCCAUUUUCAGGCUCCAGCUUUGGCAGCCUUCCUGUUAACUGGAGGAACCAGUGAAUUCUUUCCUCAUAUUUAAAACUCAUUUUGUAUAGUCCCCAUUAUACUCCUCUCUGGGCUAGGCCCUGGGGCUAUAGCUGCUGUUGCCUCUUCUAAUAAAGUAAGGUUGGGGGAUUG